AUGGAUGCCAUGGAGAAUAUCAUCCACAUAGUCGAACGAGGUGAGGCUGCUCUAGCUGGCAUGGUUCGACUGGGGCGUAAUCCUAACCCCGGUAUAGAAUUCGAGUCCACACAGGCGGUUGGCCAACUUGAAGGACCUUCGAAAACAACCAAAGAGAUUACAUCAAAAACAGAUAGCCCAGCAGAUGGCUCAGGUUCGGAGGCGAGUCAGCAGGCGACAAAUUUGGAAUCAGCAUUAUCAGAAUCAUCAAGUGAGCCUCAAUACAUACCAUACACACGACUCGAAAUAUCAAGCAGUGACGACGACACUUUUAAUGCAACACACCCGCUCACAACUUAUCCAGCGUCGGAACCCGGGAUAUCCACGCCUCCAGUAGUAGCAUUGCCUUCAUCAACCACAACAACAGCCUUAACGUCGACCUCAUCAUCGUCAACAACAACAACAACAACAUCAUCAUCAACAACAUCAUCAUCUUCAAUAACAACUACUACUCAGAGUGAGCCCACAGAAGUACCAACCGAUACCACAGACACAGGCGCUUCAAACAGUCUAAGUUCCACAAACACAAAGCUAGCCAUCGCCCUACCAAUAGCCAUAGUCGGCCUCCUCAUCAUCGCAGCGUUAACAUUCUUCUUCCUAAGACGUCGCCGACGUCGCAACGCCCAACCAGAAUACGACAUUGCAAUCGGCCAAACAAGAGCCCUCUCGACGGCAGAGUUGAUGGCUCUUCAAAAAUUCGAGGGAUCAGACCCAGCGGCUUCUAGUAUGCACCAUCUACCAGUCAUCCAAGUACAUCAAUAUCAAGAUCGUGCGCGGAGUCCUGCCUCUGCGACGGCGAGGACUGUGGUUGAUAAUUCGCACACGGAACUUGGACUCGCUGUUGCUGUCCCCUUGGAUCAGAGACGUAGUGCGUCGGAACAUGACUUGCCUCGAUUCAGUGGGUCUGCUUCUAGGACAUCGACGCCUAGAAUGCCGUUCGAGAGUCGGGGUGGUGGUUCUAAUGAUGAUGAUGAUGACGACGAUAUUUCGGUUGUAUCUGAUAUGAAUGAGCGACGGAAUCGUGAACGGGAUUUCGAUGAUAUGUCGUCUGUUUCCUCGUUUGAGGGUGAUGAAAAUGAGCACGGGGAUGGUCACAAUAAUGGACAUUCGCGAUGA